GAGAGCCCCGCCAUCUUCCGUCACUCAGCAGCCACUAGACAGUAUAGGUGUUAGCAAAUGCGCCCGGCAAGGCGGGAGCCCGCUAACAGUACAGCCCCGCCAUUGCCCAUGACUGGCUCAGGUCGAGGCAGUAUGGCUCAUUCUGAACAAUAUCUUGCACCUUAAAAUGGCAGGUUUUGCCUGGUUGACUGCAACUACUUUAUGUGCAUAAGAGCGCUUGCUGAUCCGUGAUACCUCUCUUGUAACUGAUACUUCUCAAGCCCAUUCAUUUACAUCUCAUACCGUUGUUUUCGUCUCUUUGUUUUGUAGAAUACCAAGAUGCCCGUCGUCAGCCCAGAACAGCUGGCAAAACUCCAGCAAAAACCAGAUGACAUUCGCAAUAUAUGCAUCCUCGCACACGUUGACCAUGGCAAGACAUCACUCACCGACGCACUACUUGCCACCAAUGGCAUCAUCUCGCCAAAGCUGGCCGGAAAGGUGCGCUACCUCGACUCGAGACCAGAUGAGCAGGAACGGGGAAUCACCAUGGAAUCUUCAGCAAUAUCGCUCUACUUCAGCAUGCUGCGGAGGGCAAGCCCCGAUGCCAACCCAGAACCCAAGGAGUAUCUCGUCAACCUGAUCGAUUCACCCGGCCACAUUGACUUCAGCAGUGAGGUUUCCACUGCGUCUCGUCUGUGUGAUGGGGCCGUCGUCCUGGUCGAUGCCGUCGAGGGCGUGUGCAGUCAGACAGUGACUGUCCUGCGUCAGACGUGGGAGGAAAAGCUCAAGCCGUUGUUGGUGAUCAACAAGAUGGACCGGCUCAUUACUGAGCUGAAGAUGACACCAAAUGAGGCCUAUGUGCACCUGAGCAAGCUCCUGGAGCAGGUAAAUGCUGUCCUGGGGAGCUUCUUCCAAGGCGAGAGAAUGGAGGAAGAUCUCAACUGGCGCGAGAGGAUCGACGAGAGAGUACAGGCGUCUGCCGCCAAGGGUCCUCAGCUAGCAGACCAGCAGGCUGAAUCCGGCGACCUGCAGUUUGAGGAGCGAGACGACGAGGAGCUCUACUUUGCACCCGAGAAGAACAACGUCAUCUUCGGCAGCGCUGUGGAUGGCUGGGCCUUCACCGUCCGACAGUUUGCUGGGCUUUACGAGAAGAAGCUUGGCAUAAAGCGCAGCGUUCUGGAAAAGGUCCUCUGGGGAGAUUUCUAUCUGGACCCGAAGACCAAGAAGGUUUUGGGGCGCAAGCACCUGAAAGGCCGCAACAUGAAGCCACUAUUUGUCCAGCUUGUUCUCGAGCAAGUAUGGGCUGUGUAUGCUGCCACUACCGGCGGGGACAAUGGGAAGGGAGACCCAGCACUGCUCGAAAAGAUCACCAAAUCACUCAACAUCACCAUUCCUCGGCACGUGAUCAACGCAAGAGACCCGCGGACACUCCUUUCGGCCGUGGUCUCGGCGUGGCUUCCACUUUCAGUAGCACUGCUCGUCUCAGUCAUCGAGUCUUUACCAUCACCUCGCAGCGCGCAAGCAGACAGAGUGCCGGAAUUGCUUGAUGAUUCGCCUGGAGGUGACCACAUCGCGCCGGAAAUUCGCGACGCUAUGGUCAAUUUCAAGUACUCCAAGUCUGAUCCUGUGGUGGCGUACGUCAGCAAGAUGGUGUCAAUACCCGAGAGCGAGCUCCCACACAACAAGCGGCGCGGGCAGCUCAGCCCUGAAGAAGCAAGAGAGCUCGCGCGGAAAAAGCGAGCAGAGGCCGCUCGAGCUCAGGCCGCUGUGGAGAACCGUGGGCCAGUCGACGCGCUUGCUGUCGCGCUGGACAGUGCCACCUUGGAAGAUGAGGAACUGCCAUCGCAGCCUGAACAAGAGACUGUCGACCCUGAACAUCUGAUCGGCUUCGCACGGAUAUACUCUGGGACCCUAUCAGUGGGCGACGAGAUAUAUGUCAUUCCGCCCAAAUUCUCCCCGGCAAACCCGCAACAUCCACCUGUUCCGAAGAAAGUUACCGUGACCGCAUUGUACAUGCUCAUGGGACGUAACCUGGAAAGCCUGGACAGUGUUCCAGCCGGGGUUGUGUUUGGUAUCGGUGGUCUGGAUGGUUCGGGGAUCCUCAAAUCUGGGACACUGUGCUCUCAGCUCGACGGCGCUGUAAACCUGGCCGGCGUGGCGAACAUGGCCGGCAAGCCAAUUGUCAGAGUCGCCCUGGAGCCAGCAAAUCCAUACGACCUCGACAAGAUGAUUGAGGGUCUGAAGCUUCUCGUGCAAGCGGACGCAUGCGCCGAGUACGAGCAAUUCUCAAGCGGUGAGCACGUGCUGGUCACAGCUGGCGAGUUGCAUCUCGAACGAUGCCUGAGGGAUCUGCAGGAGCGUUUCGCUCGCUGUGAGAUACAGGCAGGCGAGCCCAUAGUGCCGUACAAGGAGACGAUCGUUCGCGCUGAGGAAAUGCGGCCUCCGGCCAACAAGGAGCUCGGCCGAGGCGCUGUGGUUGGAAUCACGAGUUCCAAGCAGGUGACUUUAACGCUGCGAGUGCGACCUUUGCCAUCUGAAGUCACAGACUUCCUCAACAAGAACGCCGGUGCAAUCAAGAACCUCCACUCUAAGAAAUGGGGUGCGAAUGGUUCCGAGCAAGAUGGGGAUGAGGCUUCGGAGGAGCUUGACACCGAUCAGCAAAGCAUCGAUGACGAUGCGGAUAUAAUAGGGACGAAGUUCCUCUCGCCAGAGGACCUCAAGAACCAGCUCAGGAGCCUUCUGGAGUCCGGCAAGGGGCGUGAACCUUUCAAGAACAUGGUCGAUUCCAUAGCAGCAUUUGGCCCGCGUCGCACAGGCCCCAACUUGCUGAUUGACGCCACAAAGGAGGGAUGCUUGCCCAAGGCCUUUGAAACCGACAAGAACCAGGAGAGCCGUCCAGAAGCCAACGAGGAGCUACGCGGCCACCAUCUUGCCGACAAGAUCACAUACGGCUUCCAACUCGCCACAGCCCAGGGGCCGCUCUGCCGGGAGCCGGUGCAGGGCAUUGCCGUAUUCAUCGAAGACGUGGCUAUCACCGGUGAUGGUGACGCAUCCGCCCGUGAGAACCUCGGCCGUCUCACCGGCGAAGUGCUCAAGACGGUACAGCAGUCCAUACACAAGGGGUUUUUGGACUGGUCGCCGCGGUUGAUGCUGGCGAUGUACUCGUGCGAGAUCCAAGCAAGCACCGAAGUUCUAGGCCGCGUCUAUGAUGUCCUGACACGCCGCCGAGGCCGUGUGCUGGCCGAGGCCAUGAACGAGGGCACGCCCUUCUUCACAAUCCAGUCACUCCUGCCCGUGGCCGAGUCCUUCGGCUUCGCGGACGACAUGCGCAAGCGCACUUCGGGCGCCGCGCAGCCGCAGCUCAUCUUUACCGGCUUCGAGGUCCUCGACGAGGACCCCUUCUGGGUGCCCUUCACUGAGGAGCAGAUGGAGGACCUGGGCGAGUUCGGUGACAAGGAGAACGUCGCCAAGCGGUACAUGGACAAGGUGAGGCGGAAGAAGGGCAUGCUGGUCGAGGGCAGGACGGUGGCGCUCAGCGCGGAGAAGCAGAAGACUUUGAAGAGGUAAUGCUAGCUUAGAAGGUUGUUUGCCUCCAUGCCAGGCCCUUAGAGUAGAUAUGCAGCCACAACACAGAGCCACGCAUGGGACUCCGCAGAGCGCAAAUGAUACUUAAACAAACGAUUAAUGUCGGGAGUAAGCACCGUCACAGGAACAGAAAGUUGGUUUU